GCACAACUUCUGCUUCUGGCUUUGCUUUGAAUAUGAAGCCAUUAAAUACAACUGGUGCCAUUGGAGCUGGGACUUCUACAGCUGCCGUAACCACAACAACAACCACCCUCUCAGCGCACCUCCAGUGAUGACUUAUGCCCAGCUGGAGAGUUUGAUAAACAAGUGGAGUCUGGAACUGGAAGACCAAGAGAAACACUUUCUCCAUCAAGCUACGCAAGUUAAUGCCUGGGAUCGGACGCUGAUAGAGAAUGGAGAGAAGGUAAGGUGA